UGUCAUAAGUUGCGAACAAGGCGAUUCUUUAAAGGUAAAGACGGAAUCAUGUUGCCGCAAUAUUUUCGUAUAGUCUUCGUACUAAUACCGAACCUGCGAACCGCCCCCACAGAAAAGAAUACAUUUUUCCUGCUUCCGAGCACUGGAGAGCCUCCCGGAAGCAAAAGGGCCUCUUCCAAUGGGUCCUGCUCCCGCCGGCGAAAGAUCGCAGAGCAAGAGGAUUAAAUCAGAAGGUGGGACCACCACAAUCCAAUCCCUCGACCAUGAUAUCCUCUGCAUGAUCUUCGCGUUUCUCGACUUCUUCGACCUCGUUCGAUGUUCCGUCGUUUGCAAAUUCUGGAAUACAAUUAUCAGUAAAUCUAAAUUACUGCAAAUAUUCUACUCCAAGCAGCAGCGGGAUUCCAUGGAUUUUACCAAUAACUCUACGUAUUCAGAGAGAUCACUAAAGAUGUAUUUAGAGAAGCUGGCUAUGAAGCAUCACAGAUUGUCCUUACUAGAAGGUAUGAUUGACGUUGAUCAUUGGAAGGGUCAUUCAGCUGGGGUUGAUCAGUGCCGAAUGAAGAUGGGCUUGAUUCUUACUGGUGUAGGUGACAAGGUGAUGCGUCUCUGGUCGUUAGAAAGCUACAAAUGUGUGGAAGAAUAUUCAGCUUCGGACACGAUUCCUCUUGUUGACUUCGAUUUUGACGAGAGCAAGAUUGUUGGUUUGGUCGGUACUCGUAUAUGCAUAUGGAGCCGGAAUGGGAAAAGAAGUAUAUUUCCCUCAAGUCAGGGCACCUUUGUGAAGGGUUUAUGCAUGCGCUACUAUGAUCCAGAGGCAGUGGUUGGAUGCGAGGAUGGGACAGCUCGUAUAUUUGACAUCUACAGUAGGAAGUGUUCUCGAAUAAUUAGGAUGCAUGCCGGACCUGUAAAAUGCUUAUGUUUGAGCGAUGAUCACUUGAUACUUAGUGGUUCCUCUCUUGGAAGCAUCACAAUCUCUGGAAUCUCAUCUGAUCAGCGGGUAGCAACGCUAAGAUCGACAGACUCAACAGGCAUAAGGACUUUGUGUUACAAUGCUUCCUCGCAUCUAGUGUUUGCCGGAUCGACAGCUGGAUAUGCUUCUUGUUGGGACCUUAGGACAAUGAGAUCUCUAUGGGAGACACGAGUGAGUCCAAAUGUUGUAUAUUCUUUGCAACACCUACGAAAUGACACAUCAACUUUAGUUGUUGGUGGAAUAGAUGGUGUGCUACGCAUUUUAGACCAGAACACAGGUCAAGUUCUUUCAAGCUGCGUUAUGGAAGGUAAUAUGCUAUCAAUCUCCCAAAACUCCCUUGGAGCCAUUGGAAGAAAGAAGGGAAUGAGGCUUUCAGAAGAUACUUGCAUCGACAGCAUUCCUAGAAGUGAUCGGCCUCCCAUCACGUGCUUGGCUGUUGGGAUGAACAAGGUUGUCACCACACAUAAUAGUAGGUACAUCAGAUUGUGGAAAUUCAAGAAAUGAGAGAACAAUGCUGAUUUUCCAUUUAAGAGGCGAGGAAACAUCACAUUUUCAGUUCACCAUAUGAUGUCAGUCUUCUACUUGCCAAUUUCAAAGCCAGCUUAUUCCUUCCUCCUUCUAAUAAUAAUAUUUUAUAUCAUAAGCUCUGUAUUUCAAUGUGUUCCUGAUUGAAUUGGGUCAUCGAUCAGGAGAUAUCCAUAUGCACAUAAGCACCAGUCCAAAAGAGAGAAAAAAAAGUAGGUGUCGUGCGUAUGAGAAGCUGAGCUGAAUUUGCAGUUCAAGAUGGGUACAGAGAAGCCAAAAUUCAAUGCUCCACUUGAUCACAAACUCAAGCAACCAUGCCCACCAAAAUGCUUUUAUGGUCUAAUAACUUUUUCUUAUACUUUCAGUAUGGGAUCUCAUGCCAUACAAAAUGACCUUGACCUUUAUCUAAUGCCUAGACAUUAUGUAUUUCUAUCUGCAUAGCUGAUGUACUACUGUAGUUUCAAUAUGAAUGCAGCAACAGAUCAUAUAAAAAGGACGUCUCAGUUUCUUUCAA